AUGUCGGAAGUAGAGUGCUUCCGAUGUGACAAGUUUGGUCACUAUGCCUCGAAGUGCCCUGAUCGAUUGCUCAAGCUCAAGCUGCAGGAAGCACAAGAAGAUGAGAUCGAAGACACAGAAAAGGCAGACAAGCUUAUGAUGCAUGAGGUUGUUUACUUGAAUGAGAAGAAAGUUGUUCCAAGUAAGUAUGAGGAGGAUCGAGAAGAUGAUAACGUUUGGUUCGGAGAUGACUCUCGUAUUGACAUCAAGGGAAAAGGUUUGAUCGAGUUUAUCGACCGUAACGGUGAAGCGAGAACUAUGGCCGAUGUUUACUACAUCCCAGACUUGAGAAGCAACAUCAUCAGUCUCGGUCAAGCGACUGAGUCAGGUUGUGAUGUAAGAAUGAAGGAGGAAUACCUAAUGAUGCAUGAUGCUAAAUGGAAACUUCUUGUCAAGGCAACUAGAGGAGGAAAUCGGCUAUACAGAGUCCGUAUGGGAAUAAGAAACACCAUGUGCUUGAUCUCGGCUUCAAUGAGCGAAUCAUCGAGAUGGCACGCAAGGCUAGGGCAUGUAAACCUAGACACCAUGAAGAUAAUGGUACAAAAGAAACUUGUUGUGGGGAUCCCGGAGGUCAAUAUAGAAAAGAAGGUAUGUGAUUCUUGCUUGAUGGGAAAGCAAACAAGACAAGUAUUUCCACAAGCCACUUCGUAUCGAGCAGAUAAGGUUCUGGAGCUUGUUCAUGGUGACCUCUGCGGCCCCAUCACACCAAGUACGCCAGCUGGGAACAAGUAUAUCUUUGUACUGAUAGACGAUCACUCAAGAUAUAUGUGGACGAUCUUAAUGAAGGAGAAGAGCGACGCAAUUAACCGGUUCAAGAGAUUCAAGAGUUUGGUGGAACAAGAAUCGGGAAAGAAGAUUCAAACCUUUCGGACAGACAGAGGGGGAGAAUUUGUUUCUCAAGAGUUCAAUUCGUUCUGUGAAAGUGCAGGGAUCAAACGGCAUCUCACAGUUCCAUACACACCACAACAGAACGGUGUGGUGGAGAGAAGGAAUAGAACUCUCAUGGAGAUGACCAUAAGCAUUCUUAAGCACAUGUCGUUGCCAAGUUUUCUUUGGGGUGAAGCAGCGAGGCAUUCUACAUAUCUCUUGAAUCGAAUAGCUACAAGAUCGAUGAAGGAGAUAACACCAUAUGAAGCUUUUCGAUCCAAGAAACCCAAUAUUAGUCAUCUACGAGUAUUUGGCUGCAUAGGGUACGCAAAAGUAGAUUCAGCUCUACUAAAGAAGCUUGAUGAUAGAUCGAGGCGACUGGUGCAUCUCGGAACAGAACCAGGAACGAAAGGGUAUCGAUUGCUUGAUCCCCAGACAAAGAAGAUAGUCGUGAGUCGUGAUGUUGUCUUUGAUGAGAUAAGAGGUUGGAACUGGAGCGGGAAUAGUCAAAACCAGAGCGAAGUCGACGGUUUCACUAUUGAGUAUGGAGAGUAUGGGAAUCACGGAAUAAAAGGUGUAGCCAAUAGCGAAACCAUUGAGACAGAAGCAGAGAAUGAUGAAACUGCGGCUGUAGAUGUCGGCGGGAUGGAAGAAAAUAACAGAGAUGAAGAUAGUGAAGAAGAUAGUGACAAUGGAGAAGGUAAUAAUCAAAUUGAGCUAAGGAGGUCUCAACGAGUACGCACUCAGCCCAGCUAUCUCAAUGAUUACAUUCUCCUUGCGGAGAUAGAAGGAGAACUUCUGCUUAUGUGCCUAAACGACGAGCCAAGAGAUUUCUAUGAGGCUAAAGAGUCCAAGAGUUGGAUGGCUGCUUGUGAAGAUGAAAUCAAUUCUAUAGUGAAGAACAAGACUUGGACACUUGUUGAUCUUCCUGUCGGAGCUAAACCAAUCGGUUUAAAGUGGGUCUUUAAACUGAAAAGAAACUCAGACGGAAGUAUCAACAAACAUAAGGCAAGACUUGUUGCCAAAAGAUAUGUGCAGAGAUAUGGGAUUGACUUCGAGGAAGUAUUUGCCCCAGUAGCAAGAAUUGAGACAAUUCGUCUUCUCAUCAGCCUCGCAGCAACCAAUGGGUGGGAAAUACAUCACCUUGAUGUAAAAACGGCGUUUCUCCAUGGAGAGUUGAAGGAGACCGUGUAUGUUACUCAACCAGAGGGCUUCAUAGAAAAGGGAAGUGAAGACAAAGUUUACAAACUAAGCAGAGCACUUUAUGGUUUGAGACAAGCUCCGAGAGCUUGGAAUGAUAAGCUUAAUCAGAUCUUGCGAGACCUCCAGUUCAAACGAUGCUCCAAGGAACCGUCGGUGUAUCGGAAGAAGGUGAAUCAAGAAACUCUCCUUCUUGCCGUGUAUAUUGAUGACUUGUUUGUUACAGGGACAAGCUUGAUUAUCAUAGAAGAGUUCAAGAGGGAGAUGUCAUCGAAAUUCGAGAUGAGUGAUCUCGGAAGAUUGACAUACUAUCUUGGUAUAGAAGUACAACAAGAUAGUGAAGGAAUAACGCUAAGCCAAAGACGAUAUGCCAUGAAAAUCUUGGAGGAAGCCGGAAUGAUGAGUUGCAAUCCAGUUAAUACACCGAUGGAGGCUGGAUUGAAGCUAUCUAAGGCAACAGAAGAAAAGGACAUCGAUGCAACGGCCUACAGGAAGAACGUUGGCUGUCUACGCUACCUACUACACACAAGACCAGAUCUUUCUUAUUGUGUAGGAGUUCUCAGUCGCUAUAUGCAGAACCCGAAGGAAUCUCACGAAGCGGCGAUGAAGCAGUGCUUGAGGUACUUACGCGGAACCACCAAUCUUGGAUUAACCUUCAAGAGAUCAUCUGCAGGCACAAGACUCGUAGGGUACAGUGAUAGCAGUCAUAAUGUAGACCCGGAUGAUGGAAAGAGCACAACUGGACACGUGUUUUACCUUGGAGAGAGCCUUAUCUCGUGGUGUUCUCAGAAGCAGGACACAGUGGCGCUGUCGUCGUGUGAAGCUGAGUUCAUGGCGGGAACAGAGGCAGCAAGACAGGCGAUAUGGCUUCAAGAUCUACUAAGUGAAAUAACUGAGGCAACAAGCAGGAAGGUGGUUAUCAAGAUAGAUAAUCAGUCGGCCAUUGCUCUCACUAAGAACCCAGUGUUCCAUGGCCGAAGCAAACACAUACACACCAGGUUUCACUUCAUAAGAGAGUGUGUUGAGAAUGGGCUAGUAGAAGUCGAGCAUGUUCCCGGGACAGAGCAAAAGGCGGACAUACUCACAAAGGCUCUUGGAAAGCUCAAGUUCAAGGAAAUGAGGGAGCUCAUUGGAGUGAAGGUUGUAGCUGAAGAUGACUUCAAGCUUAGGAGGGAGAAUGUUGGCUUAAGCUUGAAAGCUUGA